UCAUUAUUUUAUUUAGAAUCAGAAGAGAUAUACUACAACAUGACCAAAGACUUUGACAGGCCCCCACACCCACGCCACCCCACCCCACUUUCCACCAAAAAUGCCUACCGAAAUUUAACAAUCUAAUUCCUAGGCCCCCACCCCCAUGCCCCAACAACCCCACCCUAACUCUUCCCUUGUUUUGCAAUAUCAAUCUCCUUCACCGCCUACCCUGUCAUCUCCAUCUCUUUUUCCCUUCAAUUCUACUCCUUACCCACCAACUAAGGGUGCUAAAAAGAACACUUUUUUGUCUCUUAAUUAUCUCCUACUCACCAAAGAACCAAACUUUCUUGCUUUAAUGGCUAAGUUAAUAGUUGAAGUUCUUGAUGCAAGUGAUCUGAUGCCAAAAGAUGGUCAAGGUUCAGCAAGUCCAUUUGUUGAAGUAGACUUUGAUGAACAACGUCAAAGAACUCAAACUAAAACCAAAGAUCUCAACCCUCAAUGGAAUGAAAAACUUGUUUUCAGCAUCAAGAAUCCAAGAGAACUUGAACACCAAACUAUCUCUGUUUCUGUUUAUAAUGACCAAAAGCAUGGUCACCACAAGAAUUUUCUUGGUCGUGUUAAGAUUUCUGGUUCUUCUGUACCCUUUAAUGACUCUGAAGCUUUAGUGCAGAGAUACCCUCUUGAUAAAAGAGGACUCUUUUCACAUAUUAAAGGUGAUAUUGCCUUAAGAAUCUAUGUUGGUGAUGUUCCUGGUGGUGAUAAUGUUAUUCCAGAGAGUUUUGCAGUGGAAACUGAGCAGCAAAAUGUGAAUAGGGGUGAAGAUAGGACAACCCCUUUUACUCCAAUAGUGCAAGAAAUUAACACAAACAACAACUUUGAAGAACAGUACAUGAAGGAAACUGAAAUCAAGAAAAAGAAGAAAAAAGAACCAGAGGUAAGGACUUUUCAUUCUAUUCCAGCACAGGCACCUGUGGCUGAGAAACCACCUGUGAUGGUGGAGAGAAGGGCUGAUUUUGCAAAGGCUGGUGGACCUGUGGCUAGUAAUGUAAUGCAGAUGCAAAUGCCUGGUGGUCCAAGGCCUGAAUUUGGGUUAGUGGAAACUAGACCACCUUUGGCUGCUAGAAUGGGGUAUUGGGGUAGAGAUAAAACUGCUAGUACUUAUGAUUUGGUUGAGCCGAUGCAUUUUUUGUAUAUUCAUGUUGUGAAAGCUAGGGAUCUUCCUGUUAUGGAUAUAUCUGGGAGUCUUGAUCCUUAUGUUGAGGUCAAACUUGGGAAUUACAAAGGUGUUACUAGGCACUUUGAGAAGAAUCAAUACCCUGUAUGGAACAGUGUUUUUGCUUUUGCUAAAGAAAGGCUGCAAUCUAAUUUGAUUGAAGUUAGUGUGAAAGAUAAGGAUGUUGGGAAGGAUGAUAUUGUUGGCAAAGUUAUGUUUGAUAUUGCUGAAGUCCCUGUUCGUGUUCCCCCGGAUAGUCCUUUAGCUCCACAAUGGUAUAGGUUGGUGAAUAAGAAUGGGGAGAAGGUUUCACAAGGUGAAAUCAUGCUUGCUGUUUGGAUGGGAACUCAAGCUGAUGAGGCUUUUCCUGAUGCUUGGCAUUCUGAUGCUCAUAUGGCUACUCAACAAAAUUUGGUUAAUACACGGUCCAAAGUGUAUUUCUCCCCCAAAUUGUAUUAUCUAAGAGUUCAUGUUAUUGAAGCUCAGGAUCUUAUACCAUCAGAUAGAAGCCGAAUGCCUGAGGCGUAUGUGAAGUUACAGCUUGGGCAUCAGGGCAGGACUACCAAGCCCUCACCGAUGAGACACAUUAAUCCGGUGUGGAAUGAGGAGCUAAUGUUUGUUGCAUCUGAGCCUUUUGAGGAGCAUUUGAUAAUAGAUGUUGCGGAUAGAGUUGGACCGGGAAAAGAUGAAGUGCUCGGCAGGGCUAUGAUAUCGGUUAGAGAUAUUCCACCCAGACUUGAAAAUGUUAAGCUACCUGAUGCUAAAUGGUUCAAUCUUCUCAAGCCUUCUCAUCAUAUGGCAGAUGAAGACCAGAAGAAGAAAGAAGUGAAGUUCUCCAGCAAGAUUCACCUUCGAAUUUGGAUAGAUGCUGGUUACCAUGUUCUUGAUGAGUCCACUCAUUUUAGCAGUGAUCUUCAACCAUCAUCGAAGUACUUGAGAAAGCCUAGUAUUGGGAUUCUUGAAUUAGGCAUUCUCAGUGCCAAGAAUCUGAUGCCAAUGAAGAGUAAAGAAGGUCGAAUUACGGAUGCAUAUUGUGUUGCUAAGUAUGGGAACAAAUGGGUUCGAACAAGAACACUCAUCGACACUCUGGCUCCUCGAUGGAACGAGCAGUUCUCUUGGGAAGUGUUUGAUCCGUGUACUGUUGUCACCAUUGGGGUUUUCGACAAUUUUCACAUAAAUGGCGAUGAAGCUAGAGAUCAGAGGAUUGGUAAGGUGAGAAUUAGGUUAUCGACUUUGGAAACCGAUCGGAUCUAUACACAUUUUUAUCCAUUGCUAGUACUUACACCCUCAGGUUUAAGGAAACAUGGAGAGCUUCAUUUGGCCAUAAGGUUCACUUGUACAGCUUGGGUGAACAUGGUAGCACAGUAUGGGAGGCCAUUGCUCCCAAAAAUGCAUUAUGUGCAGCCCAUUUCCGUGAGGCACAUUGAUUGGUUGCGCCACCAGGCAAUGCAGAUAGUGGCUGCCAGGCUGGCAAGGGCUGAGCCACCUCUAAGAAGGGAGGUUGUUGAGUAUAUGCUGGAUGUGGAUUACCAUAUGUUCAGCCUCAGAAGAAGCAAAGCUAAUUUCUUUCGCAUAAUGUCACUGCUUUCUGGAAUUUCGGCAGUUUGUAGAUGGUUUGAUGGCAUUUGCUUUUGGAAAAACCCUUUGACAACUAUCCUUGUCCAUAUGCUUUUCUUGAUAUUGGUUUGCUACCCGGAACUCAUUUUGCCAACAAUUUUCCUCUACCUGUUUGUAAUUGGCUUGUGGAGCUACAGGUUUAGGCCUAGAGCUCCACCUCACAUGGAUGCUCGCCUUUCGCAAGCUGAAAAUGCUCACCCAGAUGAACUGGAUGAAGAAUUUGAUACGUUUCCAACUUCCCGGCCAACAGAUGUUGUGAGAAUGAGGUAUGAUCGGCUGAGGAGCGUGGCCGGGAGGGUGCAAUCUGUGGUUGGAGAUUUGGCAACACAAGGUGAAAGGGCACUUGCCAUACUAAGCUGGCGGGAUCCGAGGGCUACUGCUAUAUUUAUAAUCCUUGCAUUGGUCUGGGCUGUGUUUCUAUAUGUUACUCCAUUCCAAGUAGUUGCAGUGCUCACUGGCCUUUACUGGUUGCGCCAUCCACGAUUCAGGAGCAGGUUGCCAUCAGUACCUGUCAACUUCUUCAAGAGAUUACCAUCUAAGUCUGAUAUGCUUCUGUGAGAUGCCGGUAAAUGUUCACCUUAUCUAUGUAUUCAAGUGUAAAAUAGAGAGAUGGUUUCACUGAAUAAGUGGGAUGAAAGGCUGCUACAGAAGAUACAAAUGGAAGAGCAGUUUCCCUGUUCCCCCACUCCCCAGAAUCCCUAUUUACAUAAUGUACUUCCCACAUUCUUCAAGCUCCUGUAUUAGAUAACAAGUCCUUUUUGUUUUUGGUUGAUAAUGGAAUCAUUCUAUGUGGUUGUAGAAUAUAGUUGUUUGUACCUGUCUAGAUGUAAAAAAGGAUUGCAUAUCAAAGCUGAUAGUAGAUAAUGUUCCCAUCUUCAA